AUGGCGGCGGCCAGAGUUCCAGGGUGGCUGGUUCUGCGGCCGGGGUCCAGAACCCUGCGUUCCUUGUGUACUGCUGUUUCUCCAGCUACUCCAAUGCGGAGAUCAAGCCCACGUACAACAGAAAACAUGAGAACACCCAGAAAUGAAAGGCUGAUGAGAAGAAAGGCACUACCUCCUCGGACAGAGAAGAUGGCUGUUGACCAAGACUGGCCUAGUGUUUAUCCUGUUGCUGCACCAUUUAAACCCUCUACAGUGCCCCUUCCGGUUCGAAUGGGUUAUCCAGUAAAAAGGGGAGUGCCCAUGGCAAAGGAAGGAAAUCUAGAACUUUUAAAGAUCCCCAAUUUUUUGCAUUUGACUCCUGUAGCAAUUAAAAAGCACUGUGCGGCUCUCAAGGAUUUCUGCACUGAAUGGCCAGUUGCCCUAGACAGUGAUGAAAAAUGUGAGAAGCAUUUUCCGGUUGAAAUUGACACAGCUGAUUAUGUUUCAGCAGGACCGUCUGUCCGAAACCCUAAAGCACGAGUAGUAACCUUAAGGGUGAAACUUUCCAGUCUGAAUUUAGAUGAUCACGCACAGAAGAAACUUAUUAAACUUGUAGGGGAACGAUACUGCAAGACCACAGAUGUCCUUACCAUCAGAACAGAUAGGUGCCCUUUAAAGAGACAGAAUUACGAUUAUGCAAUGUAUCUGCUAACAGUUUUAUACCAUGAGUCGUGGAAAACUGAGGAAUGGGAGAAAAAUAAGACUGAAGCAGACAUGGAGGAAUAUGUAUGGAAAAAUAGCUCCUCAGAAAGAAAUAUCCUGGAAACGCUUCUCCAAAUGAAAGCUGCUGAGAAGAAUGUGGGAGUGAAUAAAGAAGAGCUCCUUGGUACUGAAGAAGUUGAAGAUUACAAAAAGUCUGUUGUUCGUCUUAAGAAUGAGGGGGAAAAUGAAAAUACUGUUGCUCAGUACAAAGAAUCAGUGAAGAGACUAUUGAAUUUGGCAUGAAGUUAAAAACAAAACAAAACAUGAUUUGUUAAUCUUAUGAUGUGUAUAUAAUCUAUAUCUAAUUUGCUAUAAAAUUGAAAAUGUUAAAAA